ACGCUGAAAGUUUUGGUUCUUGGCAUAUGUCAACAAGAGUUGGUUGAUGGUUUCUGCAGCGUUAUGUGAUAGCUGUGGUAUUUUGUGAAACUUAAUUUGUUGAAUUUUGGCUUUCUUAUCAGCAUAUACAUAUACAUAUGCUUAUAGCAUGUUCGGAAAUCAGAAAUCCGACGUAGAUAACAAAAUGUUAAAUCAAGCAGCUUUAGAAGCUAUGCAUUCAGCUGUGUAUAUCGAAGAUUAUAUGGAUUUUGUUGAAAAUGUUCCAGAUGAUAUUCAAAGAAAUAUAACGUUACUAAGAGAACUGGAUUUAAGAUAUAAAGAAAUACUUCAAGAUAUUGAUAAUUAUCAAAAUGCUCUUAAGAAAGAUCUGGAUUCUAGUAGUCGUAAAAGAACAUUGUUACAAAUCCAGAGGGCUUUGAUUCAGACACAAGAUCUUGGAGACAGGAAAUUGCAAAUUGUACAAGUUAUUCAAGACAUUAUUGAUAAUAAAUCUCGUCAGCUGGAGCUUGACAGAAUGAAACUAGAUUUAGGUCGAGAAAAUGAGACUCAGAAUGAAAGCAGUAAAAAUGAACAACCUGAACGUCCAAGCAAGAGAUCACGAAGGCAGCGUCAUGUGGAAAUACCUUUAAGAGAGGAUUCCAGUCAUGAACGUCAUGAGAAAGAGAUACCUGUACAAAGCUCUAGUAAAAGUAAAAAGAAGAAGAAAAGGAAAACUAAAGCAGAAAAGGAGCAUGAAACAACUUCUAUUGAUCCACCGAUUGAUCCUGAUGAACCAACUUAUUGUCUGUGUGAUCAAGUGUCAUAUGGUGAAAUGAUUGGUUGUGAUAAUGAUGACUGUGAACGCGAGUGGUUCCAUUUCUCUUGUGUUGGACUAACCACAAAACCCAAAGGAAAAUGGUAUUGCCCAACGUGUCGUGGUGACAGAAGCAAUCAGAUGAGGCCAAAAACUAUUUAGUUUUCAUUUUUCUAUAUCAUUGUAUAGUUCUCACAUGUACAUUUCAUUUUUAAAUAAAUCAAGCUUUGAAUGAAAACUAAA